AACGAAUUUGCAUAGGCUGGGAAUCGGACGUGCGGCCCGUCGAUCUUGAUGCGAAACCAUCGCAGCGGUACGACAAAUAUUACGAGUAUUUAUUUCGUUGGCUCCUGCGAUCUCCGAUCCGCUCCUCACGUGCGUGUGUGAUAUUUGUAACUUUAAUUUAUGAGAUGCGGAAUGCGUUGAAUCGUAUCCGAUUGCUGCGACCGCAACGACGCACUAGUUGAAAGCCGAAAUAAAACGCCAAUAAAAUCCAGCUAAUUAAUGUGAUAAUUGUGCAAAAACUAAAAUGAUCGAAAUCGGACGAUUUAGCACGAUGUGGAGCGACUUGGAAUGCACUCAGCUUGCCAUAGAGGAUUAUCGCCAGUGCCCGAGAUUACAGCAAACGCCGACGAGAUCUCCAACCACCGAUAAGCCUGCCUCCUCCAGCUCUUCCUCCGUCUCCGGGGUCAGCCUGCGCUAUCAGUUGGCGGUCAGCAUCAGCAUUCCUCCUUCGUUCCUCCUAGCUUGCACAGUGGCGAUCCUCUGCCUGGGAUCCGUCUUGGCUGCCCCACAAACCUCCUGCAUUAUGUGCAACAAGGAGGACCUGCGUCCGCGCGUACCGCCGUACAGCGACAGCUACACGGAGUGGACCUUUGACCAUCAGGUGUCCCAGCAGUCGGCCAUGGAGUCGUUGCAGAAGUUUAAUGAGUCACAUGCCCAGAACAAUGCCUGUAACUCUAUAAAAUGCCCACCGAAUGUAAUGAAAUAUUGCCUAGGAACUCAGUUUAUAAACGACCAUUGUUGGUGCGAAAUGCAGCAUCGAGAAGAGGGCCUGCCAUAUGUACCCCAUACAUGCUUCUUGGAUGAAAAGGUGCACACACCUUCCGUGGGCUCGUGCUUCGUCUUCGCGGAGGUCAAGGAGUGCUGCUGCGCUGGGACCUGGGUCAAGAAGUGGCGACACAUUUCCGGGAGCUCUCGGAGCCAGCACAUACCAAAAAUAUUAAUACCUCUGCUCUCUGCACUCAGUUUGCUGCGAUGGACGAGCAGAAGGUGGAUAUUCUGUUAAAGUUAACUGGACGAUGAUGUAAAGUUGUACAACAUAUAGUCAUAGCAAACUAGGAUCGUCGUAUAAGUGUACUUAGUUCAAACGAAAAAUGUCCAAAAUGGUAAUCAAACCUACUUGCUAAGCAUAUAUAUUUAAGCGUUAAUAAAUACAAGUUUAUAAAGCUA